AUGAAGAACACGGUAGCUUUAUUGCGAGCAACCGAUUUGAACAUGUUUCAAGCGACCGAUGGCAAUGCGAAGUACAAGUCAGAGCGAGUGCAUUCCGCACCAGUGAUUCCGUCGAGAAAGAAAGAGAAUGGUCCAUGCUCAGGACUCUCGCUAGAUGUACUAAAGACCGAGUGUCUUGAAGAAAAUUCAGAUGUCAUCUGCUUGGAUGACUGCUCCACUCAUGAUAUCACGAAGAACUGCGAAGAUGAAUGGGAGACUGCCUCAGAAUCCAGCCACAUAGACGAGUCCGGAACUGUGGAUGAAUUUUUAGAUUUAAAACCAUGCAAACAGUGUUCGGUUGCCUUUGAGCAUUCGCUGGAUAUAUGGAUGGAUCACCUGGUUGACAAGCAUCCUAUACCGAAAUGGUGGCCAAGUGCUCGUGCUAUCAAGUACGAUCAUCCCUACACCGCAGUAGUAGGUUCAAACAAGAAACGUCGUACCCACGUCGUCCCAAGACCUUUGAACAGCUUUAUGAUUUUCGCACAAUAUAUUCGGCGAGUUACACUUCGCUGGUUUCCUGAAGCACACAAUGUUCACAUCAGUCAACGCGUUGGAUUUCUCUGGCGUCACAUGCCUGCGGAGAUUCGAGAGGAAUACGCUAAGGAGGCCGUGCGGCUUCAAAGUCUCCACUCGUUCGAAUUCCCUGAUUACAAAUAUCGACCGAAAAAGCGUAUUCGAGGAGACCGUUUUCAACAGCUUACCGAUGAAACCGUGGAUGUUCGUUGCGCCUCAAAUGAACGUGAAAAAACUCAAAGUGACCGAAACAGUCCUUCCAAUUUUCAUGUCUGUCCCGAUGUGGGUUUUUCACAGAAUAAGCUCCCCGUAACGGUAACAUCAUCAUUAACCAAGGAAAUCCCACAAAAUAUUUCUGACAGAAAAGACGAAGCAUCGUCCAUCAAGAGUUUUGUGAAUGAUUCUUCCAAAGAGCUUGUGUUAAGAGAUUUUGAGGCAGAAAGCUGGGAAGUAACAGCAGUCGAAAGAGGAAACAAUACGAUUCUAAAAGACGGACCACUGGAAGAAAUGGAGUCCCGUUUUGUUUCGGCUGUUCCAGGUUUGUCUUCUUGGACUAAUGUGAGGAUGCAAACCCAUGAAGGACAUCUAAGUGCCCCACCAGAGUUCACGAUACAAGCUUUAUUAACUGAUCCACUGGAAGUAAUAACUCAACCGAUACAUUUAGUACCAAUACCUCCAUUAACCUAUAUCAGCUGGAGAGAAAGCGAGCGACUUGAGAACAGUCGUAAGUUAUCAGGAGGCGCCGCCUCCUCAGGUCUAACACCGUCUCUUUCAUCCAUGUCACCCGACUCAAUCGACCCGGAAGUAAAGUUAGCUGAACCCCAAUCCGUGUCGCUUAUAUCCGCAAAUCCCUCAAUUGACCAGCGAAUCGAAUUAUGGCCUGAGGGGUCCGAAACUACUGAGCCCAAAUGGGAUUUUUAUUCAGAUGGUCUACAACAUUAUUCAGAUAUUAUUGCCUUCAACGUCCCGUCGCAAAAGGGUGACGGUCACCCAAACCCGUCAGUUGACUACGUCCAAACAUCCAGUUUCGAGUUCAUGAGUAAAGCUUGUUCUCGAACUACGGUUCCCGGGGAACAUGAACCCACUGAAGUGGAGUUCAUCGAUCCGCCAACCAUACUUAACAUAUCUGAAUCUUUACCCAAUGUCUGGCGACGUACCAGCGACACUAGUGUUAUUGAUAUCAAAACUUUUUUCGAUGAAAAUGUUGUGGGAGAUUCCGAAAAGUACCUACCCAGCAUUGAAUCCUGGACAUUCGCUCCUCUUCCCAAUCGAUAGACUGAAUUUGCGUCUUUCUUUGACAAACAAUUGGCAUUUCUUAGUAUGACAAUGGCUUCAACAUCCACACAGUUUACAUUUUGCUCUUAUGAAUCGACAUUAUCACUUGGUAAAUGUUUGCGAUCCGCGAAUGUAUUUCUAUGCAUGGAAUGAUUCUAAUUUUUGCCUCACGUUUUUCGAUAGAAGAAGCGUUACUUUAUUGGAUGAGUAAUAUUAUAUUUUUGCACGUGAAAUUUUACAAAAG